UCAACGGCAACGUCGCCAGGAUCGCAUUUCGCAUGACAGAUUGACAGCAGAAUAAAUUCGGAAAUCGCAAGAAUCACAAGAUUCGCAAGUGCAAAAAAUGAUAUAGAAAAGGAUAUUUAUAUACGAAGUAGUUUUUGAAUUAAUAUCCUAUGAAUAGAAAAUAACACUAUGCACUUAACGUUUUUUAAAUCAAAACACUAUCUGUCAAAGGAAUUGUAAAUUUAUUCUGUGAUUUCAAAAAAUCUGUCAUAUUGAGUGCUACUGGGGUGGUCUGCUCUGAAAAAACAAGUGAAAGGUACAUAUGUAAACAAAAAUUCUUCUACUUUUUGUUACUUUUUGAAAAUUAAUUAUCGAGCACGAAGCCUGAAAAUCUUAUCAAUAUUUAAAAGAUCAGAAAAACAAGAUGAAUCAAACGGGAAUUUCGAAAUUAGCUAGGCUACGAGAAUUAAUGAAAAUCGCCACUGUGAAUGGUGUCGAAAAGAAGGGAAUCGAAGCAUUUAUACUAAAUUACGGUGAUUGUCAUCAAUCCGAAUAUUUAACGGAAAGAGAUAAACGUCUGAGUUUUCUCUCUGGAUUCACUGGUUCCCGUGGCACAAUUAUCGUCACUAAUGACAAAGCUCUAUUGUGGACUGACGGAAGAUAUUUCCUUCAGGCAGUCAGUGAAUUUGAUCCACCUCAAGAUUGGACCCUCAUGAAGGAAGGCGUUUUAGGAGUACCCACUCAAUUCGAAUGGCUCAACACAAAUUUACCCCCAAAAUCAACGGUGGGUGUCGAUAUUAACGUGAUUAGUUACACCGACUGGGUGUCAAUGUACAACAAUCUAAAUAACAAAGGCCAUACACUAAUUCCUCUGGAGGAGAAUUUAGUCGAUAAAAUCUGGGACAAUAGACCAGCACCAGUGUUGAAUCCAAUUGUCGCGCAUAAAUUGGAAUACAGUGGAAAGAAAGCGAAGGAUAAAGUUGAACAUUGUUGGGAAUUAAUGAAAACAAAUGGUGUAUCGCAUCUUGUUUUCUCGGCUUUGGAUGAAGUUGCCUAUUUACUCAAUUGGAGAGGAUCGGAUAUUCCUUAUAAUCCAGUAUUCUUUGCCUAUGUUGUUUUGGAUAGGGAGAAUGUUCAUAUUUUUGUAGAUAAAUCCCGACUCACGGAAGAGGCGGAGGAGCAAUUGAAAAAUGAGGGGAUUGUUCCAAUUUAUCAUUCGUAUGAUGAGAUUUUAAAUUUUUUGAAGGAAAAAUCAACGGCUGCGACUGAUGAAAAUCGAGUUUGGAUUAGUUCUGGAUCUAUUUGUGCUUUGCACUGUGCUUGCGGGAGUCAUGUUUAUAGAGCUUAUUCGCCAAUUGGUUUGAUGAAGUCAAUUAAAAAUGAGACUGAAAUUAAGGGGAUGAAGGAGGCUCACGUUCGGGAUGGUGUUGCUCUUGUUAAAUAUUUCGCUUGGCUGGAGGACCAACUAAAAAAUAAAAAGGCAGUGAUCACUGAAAUCUCCGGAGCGGAUCAACUCGAAAAAUUCAGACAAGAACAGGAACUAUAUGUUGGAGUGAGUUUUACCACAAUCUCAUCGUCUGGAGAUCAUGCGGCAGUAAUUCACUAUCAUCCAACACCAGCCACUGAUAAGCGUAUCACGGAUAAAGAAGUUUAUCUUUGCGAUGCUGGAGCGCAAUUUCUUGAUGGAACUACAGACGUUACGCGUACUUGGCACUUUGGUACGCCAACAGAUUUCGAGAAAGAAUGCUUUACACGUGUAUUUAAAGGACAAUGUUUCCUUAAUACCGCAGUAUUUCCAAAUAUGACAAAAGGAAAUUAUCUCGAUACGUUAGCUCGCAAAAGUUUGUGGGACGUUGGUUUGGAUUACAUUCACGGAACGGGGCAUGGAGUAGGUUCAUAUUUAAAUGUUCACGAACUUCCAAUUGGCAUAUCUUGGAAACCAAUGCCAGAUGAUCCAGGAGUUCAAGCUGGUGUAUUUUUAUCUAAUGAACCCGGAUUCUACGAGGAUGGAAAAUUUGGAAUUCGAUUGGAAAAUAUUGAAUUGGUAGUAAAGGCGAAUAGCAAGUACAAUUUUAACAACAGAAAUUAUCUCACUUUUGAGACAGUAACAUUAGUUCCGAUACAAACAAGUUUUUUGGAUCUAUCUUUACUUACAAAUGCAGAGAUUGAUUAUAUUAACAAUUAUCAUACCAAGUGCUUGGACACUUUAAAACCUCUUCUUCAAGGAAGUGAAAAUGCUCAAGCUCUUUCUUGGCUUAUAAAGCAAACUGAGCCAAUAAGUAAAUCUAAGGACUUUUAACAAAAAAUGAAUAAAAUCGAAUUUUUUCUACUACCUCUUUCAAAAUGAAUUAUGUGGUGAAGAUAUUUAAAUAAUAAGAUUUUAUAUGAAAUUUUUGCAUUUAAAUGAUGAAUUAAAAUGAUUAUUUUUUAUUUUAAAAAAUAAAGAAAUAAAUUUGAAUGAUAAAAAA